AUGAAGCGCUCCGACGACUGUAGGCUUGUUUGCAGCGAAGUGAAGUCAAGAGUCGUUUUAAAAUUCCCGCACAGCGCGCCUCUGCCACAUCGCACUGUGCUGUUAGAUAGAGCUGGUAAAAUUAGCCGGGCGCCGACGGGUUGCGAGGGCACCGGAGCCAAGAUCGGUGAACUUCACGCUAACUCACUGGAGCCGGCUGUUCGCCUGUGGAUUAUACACGAAGGGCGCGCCGAGGCGCUGGUCGGCCGCUCCUUAAUGGCGCGUAAUAACACGUUCCGAGAUCCGCAUAGGGAGAGUCCGCUCGAGUCGCCAUAUUUAGCGAGCGAUAAACCAUUGGCGUUUAAAACUGUGCCGCCAAACACGUUGCAGUGCAGCAUUCACUGGUUCGCCAUUGACACCAUGGGGAUCUUCGAGAAAGCAGAAGUCCUACCCGCUGCCAAUGGCCACCUAAGGAGCCGCAUCUCGUUCGGCCAGCACCAAAAACUAGAUCGAGCAUAUGCUCCCAAGCGAGCACCAACCCUAGACAGUUCUGUACGAAAAUCGGCUGAACGCGUGUCACGCCAAGCACGUCGGAAUCGCGCCACAAAUGUCGACACGGCGCCUCUGACGGGACACCGGUGGCGGGUGGCCGGACGUCACGUCACAGACCACGGGCUAUCCGAAAUAGACACGCGUCACGUCACCGGCUCGCUAUCACGCGCCCCGCCGCCCUUAUCGCGCGGGCGGACGGGCGACGCGCCCUCG